ACAAAACAUCGUAAUCAUAAAGAAACAAACAAUAUUGCAAAAUAAGGAGAAAUCAUUAUAAUUUGAUAAUAAUAGGAAUAUUCUACCUUUGUUAAUCGUUUUAUAUUGCUUUCUUCAGUUCAUACAAGUAAUAUCCCGUCUUCGGCAGUGCAGUGAAGUAACUUAAAAAUAAAUUCUUCAAGAUAACAAAGUUUAUUUCUUCCUAGAACAUCUCGCAGUUAAGCCUAAAAAGAAGUAAACGUCAUACAAAUUUUGUAACAUUCACAUGAGUUUAAACGUGGAGGAAGUAAACGAAACUCAACAACUCAUGCAAAAUGAAUGUGAUGAACAGAAAAUAUUGUCACAAACAGCUACAUCGCCGGUUACAAGUAAUAAAUUAUCCAGCGGAGCAGCAAGCCUUACAUCAAGAAAUCAUGGUCCUGGUCAAUUAUUCACGAGUACAGGCAAUAACAGUGUAAACGAAUCUAAAUUAUCAUAUGUUAAUGAGCGUAGAUUACACCGCGAUUACGUACGUUCUAAUUAUAAUAAUAAACCAAAGCACAUACCAAAAGAGACACCUGAUGUUAAACAUAUGGAAAAAGCCUUACUAGAGUUACUUGAUGACUUUCACACAGGAAAAUUAAGUGCAUUUGGUUCUGGUUGUAGCAUGGAACAAAUGAUCAAUAUACGAGAUCAGCAAGAGCAUUUAGCUAGAUUACAUUUUCGUUUGUAUGGUGAUGCUGAGAAACCCACAGAAGAUGGCUUCGACAACUCUGAUUCUAAAGACAAAAUGUCCCAAUUGGUGCAAAGUUUGGAGCAAUUAUCUGCUUCCAUAGAACAUUUACAUUCGGAUACCUCUGCCAACACCAGCAGUAGUAACAACAACUAAAUGUUAAAAAAAAAACCUUAAUUUAAUUAUAAGAAUAUGGAUAUAAGAUUUAUUCUACAGUUAUGAAAGUAAUCGGUAAUUUUUUUGUCUCAAUAAAUAUUAUUAGGUAAAAA